GCAAUGAAAAUGAACCCAGUGGUCUUUAAAGUGUUGAACAAAUGAGCUUGACCUGGGGACAAUUAUAAUCAGCAGGCUUCUUUUUUCUUCUUUGUUGAUAUUUGGGGGGGAUUUAUUUAUAUGGGAUUUAUUGAUCCCAUAUUCAUUUAUUUAUGAAAUAGUUGGUCCUUUAGUAUAUUGUAAAGAAUAUUUAUUGAAGACUUAUGUAUUUUAUGACAUAAUUGGUUAAUUUUGAAGCGUGGUACAUUCGCCUGAUAAGGAUUCAGUUGAAGUUUUGUUUUGUUUUGUUUUGUUUUCCCCGUUCGCUUUACGUUUCACCCUCCAGUCCAGUUGGCGGCGGUAGAGGGUGGAAACGAUGUGAUUGAUGUUACUCGUUCCCCCACAAUGCACCGGGGCGAGCGCAGGCGCCUUUUUGCCGCGUGAUAUUGUUCGGUCAAACGAGUGUUUUUGUCGUCAUUUUCCGUGCAAAUAACGCCGGCAAUGGCUCCGUUCGGCUUGGCGACGUUUGUGGCGAAGUCCUUCGGCGUGUUCACUUGCUCGAACACUCUGGCAAGAGUCGUCCGUGCUGCACACGGGACCCCGGUGAGAUGCCUGUCCACCCAAGCCGGCGGUCCUCCAAAGAGGCCUCUGAAUGGUUACAUGAGAUAUGUUUUGCAGCAGAAGCCGGUGGUCGGGCGACAGAACCCAGAAUUAAAAUUGAUGGAUGUCAUCAGGAAGAUUGCCCACGAGUGGAGAACGAUGAGCCCGGAGAAGAAACGGCCUUUUGAAGAUGAAUUUAUCCAGGAGAAGGAAGAGUUUAAGAGAGUUCUCCAGCGCUACCGGGCCCAGUUGACGCCAGCGCAGAUCGAGCAGCAAAGGCUCGAGAAGAGGGAGACGAUGGCCAAGAAGGCGGCGAUCCGCAAGAAGAGGGAAGCAAACACCAUGGGGAAGCCGAAACGUCCUCGCACGCCUUUCAACAUCUUUAUGUCGGAACACUUUGAGGAAGCCAAAGGAGAAAACAUACCGGCGAAGAUGAAGUCACUGACGUAUGACUGGAGGAAUCUUUUCAGCCAUCAGAAGCAGUCACCUGUCAAGUGUUCGACAUUCCAGGUUUAUACACAGCUGGCCGAGGACGACAAAAUCCGCUACAAGAACGAGAUGGAGUCGUGGGAGGGCCACAUGGUAGAAAUUGGACGAGAAGACCUGAUCAGAGGCAAGACUGUGUCCAAGCGCAAAAGGAAGGCCGCAGAGGCCGAAAAGGCCAAGACAAAAAAGAAAGCGGCAGCAAAGAGGCCCGCCACAAAAGCCAAGUCGAGAACUAUUAAGAAGAUGACAAAAAGCAGCAACGCAAAAGCUGAGAAAAAGAUUACAAAGACUUGAUCUUCGUUUCUUUUGUGGACUUUCUCGUUCCGAAUGUUAUCGACUACUACUACUACUACUAGACAGAUUUUCAGCGAUUCCACAGGUCCGCGCUGUCACUUGGAGGUUGCUUCAUGUUGCCAUGCGGGCUUCGGUUAAUCGGUUGGUUUACUCAUUAGUCAGCUUUUGUUACGUAAGCUGGGGCAAAGUGACGAAAAAGACGCUCAUAUUAGUUCCCGAGCGCAGUCUUUUAACGGGAUUCCGCGCAGAAACAGAAAAGUGAAACUCACCCUUUGCAGCUCGAACAGCUGCGAAAGUCGCAAUUCACCGAAUAAUUGUACAGUAUGGCGGUCCUUUGCUGGCUAUAGUGUCACAUUAGUCUGAAGGAAACCUGGGCUUGUGUCAUCAAGCGGAAUCCAUUUUGCUAUUUCCUUCGGUCGGCUCUUUUGAGAUGUAAAUCCAGAGCAGCUCUGCUAUCAUCUCUGGUUGGCCAAAACACAUUUUGUAUUGUAUGUAUAUGAAAGAAUUGGCGAUAACGACACCAUGCAAUAAAGCUCAAACAUUGCCUUCGCAAUGAUGAUAAUGUUGCCAUCGUCUUGUGUGACCGUUGCAUUGGAAAAGUCAUUGAUUUUUUUUUAUUUUUUUAAAGAUGGAAGUAAGGGAUUGGAUUGAUUCUCCAACGCAUUUUAGGUUCCGCGGCGCAGCUAGCUUGGUACCACACACCAUCUUCCAUCUUGACUGAAUUUGUUGUACAUUGCUAUUAACUCUUCUUAUGUAAUAGAAGCAUGUACAAAUGCACCGAUGACUGUGAAAUGUUUGCAAUUUCAAAAGGUCCCUGAAGCGCCCCCCCCCCACACACACACCCACCCAUAAAACACAAAUACCUUGUGCUUGUUUUAUUGAUCCAAGAAAUCGUGAUGAAAAUGUCAUUUCACACUUAGUACACUGAAACUUUCCGUAUUUUAUUUGAGUCUUUGGGAAUGUAAUGCCACAACAAUGUGAAGAACAUACUCGUUCAGUACGCAGCUUACUUUCCAGAAUAUUACCCGAGUCGUCUUUGUAUUGUGUAUUUGAAUAAACAUUGACAUCCACCUUA